UUUUCUUAACUAGCUCAGACACACAACAAGAGAGAUCGAUAUUUAAACAGAAGAGGACUACAAACAUUAAAGACCAGAAGAGCUUUUAUUUCUGAAGGUAAGGAAGUGUACAAGAUGAGUUCAGGAAAUAUUACAGACAGUCUCAGCGAAUCACAUGACAUCCCAACGAGAGUACUCGGAGGUCCAACCACACCUAGAAGAGGACCCCAUAAAUUUAAACAGAGGAUGACAAGACAAUUCAAAAGCAAACCUCCCAAGAAGGGAGUCAAAGGAUUUGGAGAUGAGAUUCCAGGAAUGGACGGUCUUGGCACUGACAUCACAGUGGUGUGUCCCUGGGAAGCCUUCAGCCAUCUGGAGUUGCAUGAGCUCGCCCAGUAUGGUAUUAUCUGAAGAGAGGAGCUUUCUUGCUGAAAAUGUAUUACUUGGACCUGUUUAGUAAACCAGACUAACUCUGUCUAUGACCCACCUCUUGAUCUCACCCGAGGGAUGUGGCACAUUAUGGGCAGUUUCCUAGACAGAUUUUAGAUUAAGCUAGCGCUCUGCCAUCGGGUAUCAGGACAUUUAACCUCGUAAGACCUGGAUGUCCAUAUGUGGACAUUAAUUUUUUAUGUUUGCACCAUAAUACUUAAUUCUGUGUAACUGGAACCUGUUGAACACAAAAAUGGACAAUUACACUGCUUCAUGUUUUUAGAAAAAUAUUUGGUUAUUAUAUUUAUUGGUUCUUCCUAACCCAGAAAUGGCUGGUAUAAAUCUGAAAAAAAGACAAACCACAAAUUGGGUCUUAGUAGGUUAAGUAGUUUUUACAAACAAACCUUACUGUACAUUGCUGGUGUGUAAAACAAUGGCAAUGAUAUAUUUUUUAAUAUGUAAAUGCAAGCUGUUUUCAAGCAUGCAUUUUAGUCUGGGACUAGGGUUAAACUUUGUAUGGGACCCCCCCCAAAAAAAACCCAACAACAAUUGCACCAUUGCCUUCAUACUGUACUGGAAACUGUUGAGUUGUAUAGAAGCCUUUGAACACACCAGCCUUUGAAUGCAUUAUACAUUUAUUUUAUAUUUUAACAGCUCUUCAGAUGCAGGAGGGCUGUAAAGCAAUCAUACACACUGAUAUUAAAAAUAAAAA